CACUCUCGCUGCCUCCUCUUUCCCACUGUCCCUACAAACAGAGUACGCAUAUAUAGCGACAGACAGAGAGAGAGAGAGAGAGAGAGUUGAGUGGAAAAUGGCUCAAAGCUCCAGAAGAAGCAAAUGGGUUUCGCUGUUGAUGCUUCUCUUUGCUCAUCCGGCCACUGCAAUUCCUGCAGAAGAUGGUCCUGUACCAAACGGUGAUUUCGAGACGACCCCAGCAAACGGGUUCCCGAGCUUGACCCUGGUAGACAGAGCCACCGCGAUCCCGAGCUGGAAAUCGAAGGGCACGGUGGAGCUCGUAGAAGCGGGGGAGAAACAGGGCGGGAUGAUACUCAUCAUACCGCAAGGUAGACACGCGGUGCGGCUCGGUAACGACGCCGAGAUCAGCCAAGGGCUGAGCGUGGAGAAGGGGUCCAUUUACUCGGUCACCUUCAGCGCCGCCCGCACCUGCGCGCAGUUGGAGUCGCUUAACGUGUCCGUGCCGCCUGCGUCGCAGACGAUAGACUUGCAGACGCUUUACAACGUGCAGGGGUGGGACCCGUACGCCUACGCGUUCGAGGCGGAGGAGGAAGAGGUGAGUUUGGUUUUUAGGAAUCCGGGCAUGGAGGAUGACCCCACUUGUGGCCCCAUCAUUGACGAUAUUGCCAUAAAAAAGCUCUUCACUCCCGAUGGACCCAAAGAAAAUGCAGUUAUAAAUGGCGAUUUUGAAGAAGGCCCAUGGCUGUUUAGAAACACCUCACUCGGUGUCUUACUCCCCACCAAUCUUGAUGAAGAAAUAUCCUCAUUACCGGGUUGGAAUGUGGAAUCUAACAGAGCCAUUCGCUACAUAGACUCCGACCAUUACACAGUUCCCCAAGGCAAAAGGGCAGUUGAAUUGCUUUCAGGUAAGGAAGGCAUAAUUUCUCAAAUGGUGGAAACAACACCAAACAAACCGUACACCUUGACCUUUUCCUUGGGCCAAGCUGGGGACAAAUGCAAGCAGCCACUUGCUGUCAUGGCCUUUGCUGGAGAUCAGGCUCAAAACACCCAUUACACGCCUGAUUCCAACUCUUCCUUUCAGAGUGCUAAUCUCAACUUCACAGCCAAGGCUGAGAGGACCAGAAUUGCAUUCUACAGUGUCUAUUAUAACACGAGAAGCGACGACAUGAGUUCGCUAUGCGGUCCGGUGGUGGAUGAUGUGAGAGUGUGGCUUUCUGGGUGUAGUAGAAAUGUGUUUGAAGGAUUGAUGAGUUUGGGGCUUGGCUUUGCUCUUUCGAUGUUGGUUUUCAUCAUGGUGUAGGGUUUGUGUAAUGUAGGUUAUGUGUUACCUAAUGUGUAUGCUUUUGUAAGUUUGGCAUGUUUCUAUGUGUGGCUUUAGAAUUUUUCUAUAUAUGGGAAAUGAGUCGCAUAUUGUAUUUUGUUGGGGA